AUGUCGUCCUUCCCCUUUGCCGCGGGCAUUGUAGCGCAUUCUCUUCCAGUUCCACCGGUCCGGUCGCCACCAGCAGCUAUCAGCCAUUCGAGAGGCCCUUCGAUCGAAGAACUCGACUCUAUCAAAUUGGCAGACCAUGGCAGUCUCGCACGAAAGGAAUACGAUGGCGAUUCAGGAUCGAUUGAGAUGCCGACCACACCAAAAUGCGCCAAGCAAGCUUUUGACGUGCAAACACCGACCACUCCUGGAGAGCUCGAAGCCAGCCAACCACCAACACCAAAGCGAGGCACGGCCACAAGCGCUCUACCGUCCUAUCGAUACCCUCGAAUGAACAGAUGGAGAGUGCUCUGUGCGUGCCUCAUUUAUUUCGGCAAUGGUAUGAGCGACAGUGCAGCUGGAGCUCUUAUUCCCUACAUCGAGGAUUUUUACCACAUUGGCUACGCUGUUGUGUCAAUGAUCUGGAUUGCGAACGCCGUUGGCUACAUUUCCAGCGCCUUCGUCACGGAAUGGGUGUUGACGCGUUGUGGUCGAGCACGAACGUUGAUGAUUGCCGAGGCUUUCAUGAUUGGAGCAUAUGUGGUAGUCACUUGUGCUCCUCCAUUCCCGGUAGUUGUGGUGGCCUUCUUCUUCAUGGGUUUCGGCAAUGCCACAAAUCUGGCUCUCAACAACGUCUUCUGCGCGAAUCUUGCAGACUCGACCGUGAUCCUCGGGGCCGCUCAUGGCUCCUAUGGCGUGGGCGGUAUCGUGGCGCCGAUUGCAGCAACCGCAAUGGUUUCAAAUGGCGUUUUCUGGGCUCGCUUCUAUCUUGUCACGAUUGGCAUCCGCAUCCUCUGCUUUUUCUUCGCCGGCUGGUCGUUCUGGUCUUACGAGUCGGAACCCACUUCGAACUUCAAUUCUGACCUGCAACAACUUGCGGACAAGCAAGCUGACGAGCAGGAAGGCCAAAGCAGUAAAAUGGAGCUCCUGAAGAAGGCACUGAAGAACAAGACCACGCUCAUCGGAGCUCUCUUUAUCUUCGCUUACCAAGGUGCAGAAGUCGCAGAGUCAGGGUGGUUCAUCUCAUACUUGAUCAAUUAUCGACACGGAGAUCCAGCGAAGGUCGGCUAUGUAACCUCUGGCUUCUGGGCAGGCAUCACAAUUGGCCGCUUCACUUUGACACAUCUCGCGCAUCGGGUUGGUGAGAGACGAUUCGUCUUUGCCACGAGCGUGGGAGUCAUCAUUUUUCAGCUUCUGUCCUGGCUGAUUCCCAAUAUCAUCGGCAAUGCAGUUUCUGUAGCCGUGCUCGGUCUGCUACUAGGACCUGUUUACCCGGCAGCCGCGACAGUCUUCACCAAGCUAUUACCGAGAAGGCUGCAAACGAUCGCUAUCGGGUUCAUCUCCAGCGCUGGAAGCAGUGGAGGCGCUGUGGUGCCAUUCUUGACUGGUCUCAUUGCGCAGGGAAGUGGGACGUGGGUGCUGCAUCCUGUAUGCAUUGGAGCUUACGUUGGCAUGCUCAUAUGUUGGGCGGUGCUCCCCAGAGUGAAGAAGCCGACUUCUUGAACAGUGGUUGUUAUGCGAGGUGAAGGGAGCUACU